AUGGUGUUUGCAAUGAUGUCUCUAGGAGGAAGAGUAGAUAAAACUGUACAUCAAGGAAACGGACCAAACAUGUUCCAGCUACAAGGAGCUAAUUACCAUCUAAUGGGUAGUAUGAAGCCAAAAGAAAAUGACUAUGCUAAGUUCUCACAGCUAUACAUUGUCGAUACAGACAACGAAGUAACAAACAGAGAAACAGUUCUAAGGAGGUUGUUCCAACAGUACAUAGUUGAUGCAUACUCGACAAUAGAGUCCAAUAGACUGGAAUAUAUCAAGGUUAAUCAAUCGAAGCUAAGAUGUCAAAACUACAGUACUGUAAAGGAAGCAGCUGAUUCUAGAGUUGAAGAUAUGGGUGAACAAGGGAAUCCUAUUUCUAUUCUUGCGUCUUUCACUGGUAGUCCACGAUAUAUGGUUCAAAGCUACUAUGAUGCCAUGGCUAUAUGCAAACAUUAUGGUUUUCCUGACCUUUUCAUCACAUUUACAUCUAUGUAUACUGUGGAGUUUCAGAAACAAGGGUCACCUCAUGCCCAUAUACUAUUGUUUAUGGACAAGAGGAGUAAAUUACCUACGGCUGAUGACAUCAACAAGAUUAUAUGUGCAGAGAUUCCAGAUAAAGAUAAAAAGCCUGAGCUGUAUGAAAUCAUUAAAGAUAACAUGAUUCAUGGACCAUGUGGAGCUGCCAAGCGGAAUUCACCAUGUAUGGUUGAUGGUAGAUGCUCAAAAAUGUAUACAAAGGCACAUCCAGAUUUAACAAAAGUUGGGAAAGAUUGCUAUCCAAUAUAUAGGAGAAGGAAUGGAAUGAAUUUUAUUGAAAAGGGAGGUUUCAAGUGUGAAUAUCGAUAUGUGGUGCCAUAUAAUGAGAAGUUAUGUCUGAGAUACCGUGCUCACAUCAACGUUGAAAGGUGCAACCAAACUGGCUCUAUUAAAUAUAUGUUCAAGUACAUUAACAAGGGAUCUGAUCGUGUUGUUGUGGUUGUCGAGCCAGUCAACAAAAGUGCUACAUCGACUACAACUAAUGUGGGAAAUACAGCUCAGAAUAAAAAGAAAAAGAAAAAUGAAAUCAAAGAUUACUUUGAUUGCAGAUAUGUCUCGGCCUCCGAAGCUAUUUGGCGAAUCUUCAAGUUCCCAAUACAAUUCAGGACAACUCCAGUGCAAAGGCUAUCGUUCCACGUAGAAGGGAAAAAACCAUGUUAUUUUAAGAUGAAUGCUGACAUAGAAGAAGUAUUGGAGAAGGCUGUCAAUGAGGAUUCAAAAUUGACAGCUUGGUUCUACUUGAAUACUGUCAACCCUGAGGCUAAUCAGUAUCUUUAUGCCGAGAUACGAGCUCACUUUACUUGGCAGGGUAAGAAGAAACAAUGGAAUGAUAGGAAGAGAGGGUUUUCACUUGGUAGGAUUGACUAUGUUCCUAGACGAAUGGAGCCUGAGUAUUUCAUGAGAAUCCUCUUAAAUAUAGUUCGUGGACCUAAAUUGUUUGACGAUUUAAAAACUUACAAGGGUGUAGUUUAUAAAACGUAUAAAGAAGCAUGUUUUGCAAGGGGUAUUCGAAUGGAGCCUAAACAAUGUUGUUCAUAUCUUUAUAAACAGUAUUGUGGAUGCAUCACAGUUGUGUUUCGGUCCUCAGCUACGUAA